AUGAGCGGUGGUUGGAACUCUUUCAAUCGCGAUCACCAAAAGAUCUCCGUGCUGCCUGUGGAUGUAAUCAACUCACGAUAUAACGAAAUGCAGCACAGAAAUUCACCAGAGACCACGAUUAUCACUGUGCCGAAUAGAUAUGGCAAGGUGACACCAAUCGCCGUAAACACUGACAUAAACGGCCUGAUAAAGGAAUUUACAAUUCUUGCAAUCAAUAAGAGAGCAGCCCCUGUGGAUGCGGUUGCCAGAGGAGCAAAGGAGAGGAAGAACUUCACAUUGGAGGAGAUUCAAGCGAUAUGGGAAGGUGACAAGCCCUAUUUUCCAAUGCACACUAUCCAUUCGGAACACCAAAGCGACGAUGCUCUGGCGCCGGAGCAGGCCCUGCGUGAUGAGGAGGCUGACUAUGAGGAGAAUCGUGUGGCCGCGGCUUUUAUUGCCCGCCGGCCCAGGGAGCUGCAGCCUAGCGAGUCACAGUCCGGCAUAUUAAUUCUGGAGAAUCCGAUUCUUUCAGCUGUCCCACAGCCCGCCAUUAUACACAAUCAGCAAUUGCUCGAACCCGUGGUGAAGUGGCUGUCUAAGCAGCAACUGGUGGCCGUGGCCCAUGCCUGCCAGACCCAUCAGCGGAUGCGGGCCAGUGGCGAGCGGGCUGGCUUCCUGCUGGGCGACGGACCCGGAAUGGGAAAGGGCAGCAGCCUUGCCGCCAUCAUAUACAACAAUUUCAUGCUGGGUCGCAAGCGUGCCCUUUGGGUCUCCAUCUCGAAUACUCUCAAGCGCGAUGUGGAGCGCGAUCUGAAGGACAUUGGCGCCAGCGAGAAGAUCAAUGUGGUGGUCCUGGACACGCUGAACUACUGGCGCAUCAGCGCCGAGGAGAACGACAGAUUCAAAAGGGGCAUCGUCUUCUGCAAGUACACCUCGCUGUUGGAAUCCUCGCAGACGUCCGAUGCCAAGUACGAUAAUCGUUUCCAGCAGGUGUGCAACUGGCUGGGCAAGAACUUCGACGGCGUCAUCGUCUUCGACGAGUGCGACAGUGCCGCCAGGAGCCUCAGUGUCGAAAAUGUCAGCUUGCUGCUGAAGCUGCAGAAGCAAGUGCCCAAUGCUCGGGUUGUCUACGUCUCGGCCACGGAGCUCAGCGAUCCGAACAGUCUGUCUUUUAUGCCACGUCUGGGCCUGUGGGGCGUCGGCACUGUCCACCCCAAAUUCGAGAGCUUUGCCACCGAGAUGCAACUCCACAGCCCUGUCCCCAUGCGGCUGUUGUGCAUGGAAAUGAAGCUGUCUGGCAGCUACAUGGCCCGUCAGCUGAGCUUCAAGGGUGUCAGCGUUCGCAUCGAUGAAGUGGUCAUGACACGGAAAUUCUUCGACAUGUACGACUAUGCCGCCAAUCUGUGGGCCGAGAUCAAUAUGAAGUGGCAAGCGGCCAGCCGCCUCCUGCGCCUGCCCCAAUGCCUUCAGAAGAUCAUCUGGCACGAGUUCUGGUCCGCGCAUCAGCAAUUCUUUCAGUACUUGUGCCUCGCCCACAAGGUGGAGAAUGCUCUGGAUGUGGCACAGAAUGCCAUCGAGCAAGGCAAAGCGGUCGUGAUUAGCCUUCAGUCGAACGAAGAGUCUUGGACGCUGGAACACUUGAAGAGCCAGAAGGGCCAGCUGCAGCAGCCAGUGUCCACUUUGAAGGUGAUUUUAAGAACGUUUGUGGAGAAAUUCUUUCCGGCUCCCAAUGUGGAUGAUUUCCAUAGUCUGAUCAACACGGCGGACAUUAAUAAGGCCAGGAGGCCGCGGCGGCAUUCCGACGAGAGGGAUAAUAAAGACAUGGUAAAGUUGGAAGUUGUAGAUAAAAACAUACAGCAGAGCAUCCUGAAGCACUUGCACGAAUAUCUACUGCUCAAACAAAACAAGGAAGAAAACACUUCCGAUGACAUCACCGAUCACGAUGUGGCACAUUGUCUCUACAUGCGCUACCAGAUGCUCAAGAAAAUCGAUCAUUUUGAUAGCCGUCUGCCAGUCAAUACGAUGGACAUUCUUAAGGCAAAGCUCGGGGGCCACAAAAAGGUGGCGGAGAUAACGACUCGAGGGGGUGGAAUCGUGUGCAUCGAUGGAGUCUACAAGUACAUGCCACGCUGCCAGGGCGAGGCACUGCUCAGCGAGGUCAACGAUCAGGAGCGGCAAUGUUUUAUGGCGGACCGCAAGCAGGUGGCCAUCAUUUCGGAGGCCUGCUCCGCGGGCAUCUCGCUGCACAGCGACAAGGCUGCGGCCAAUCAGCGACAGCGCGUGCACAUCAUCUUGGAGCUGCCGUGGAACGCGGACCAAGCACUCCAACAACUGGGCCGCACCCAUCGCUGUAAUCAGCUCCAUCCGCCGGAAUACGUAAUUGUUGUUUCGGAUCUAAUAGGCGAACGACGCACUGCCAACAACGUGGCCGAAAGGUUAAAGAGUUUGGGUGCUGAGAUCAAGAACAAUCGCCCGUUCCUCGAUCAACCAGAUCUUGCUCAAGUCAAUAUUAACAAUAUUCCUGGAUCCAGCAGCCUGUACCAUGUGAUCCAACAUCUGGCUGGCAAAAUACCCAUCGAUCCUGCUGAGAUCCCAGCCACAUACAUAGGCAACUUUCGGUCCGAUUGCGCCGAGGCCCUGGGCCAUGUGGGCGUGCUCAAUGUGGAGAUCGGGAAGAACGAUGUCGAGAUCUAUAGCGUGCCCAAGAACGCCUCCAAUGUGGACAGAUUCAUACAGAGAGUGCGUGGAUGCAGCGUGGAGAUUCAGAGUUCCAUGUUCCAGUUCUUCAUAGACAACAUGUACGGGCGAAUAGCGCAAAUGAAGCGCUCGGGCCGCUACAACAUGGGCAUCCUCGACCUAAAGACCCACCAAGUCAGCGUAAAGUGCAGCAAGCAGAUCAAAUACAAGAGAACCGUCGAAGAGAUCGCGGUGUACACACAGCUGUACACGUUGGAGGUGGAACGUGGCAUGUCCUAUGAGGAGGCUCAUGCAAUCUACAGCAAAACAAAGAAGCUCCACGAAGGCUUCUACCAACUGAAAGAGAAGCGAGGGGAUACAAAGAUGGUCAUCUUAUGUGUGGAGGACAAGACGAGAACGGGCCGGUAUGCCACAGAUCCUCGGAACAUCUACAUGCAGAUCUACCGACCCAAUGUCGGCCUUCAAGUGCGCAUCGAAACCCUCGAGUCCGUUACCUCACGCUAUGUCUACACAAAGCCCAACGCGGCCCAAAAAUAUUGGCAGGAGCAGUACGAAAUGUGUCUGAACACCUGCUCCCACAUCUACUGGAAUCGCACGUGUCACUUUCCCAAUGAUUGCAUGGACGGCAAGCGGCUACGCACCUACCAUGUGCUCUCGGGACGUGUGCUGCACUUUUGGAGCCGCAUCACGCAAAUCAUUGAGAAGAACGGCCACAAGAUGCAGAUGAUACGCGCAGAGACUACUGCGGGACAGCAAAUUUUGGGUAUUGUGGUGCCUAAUUCAGCCUACAAUGAAAUCCACAGGGAUUUGUCCUCAGUUGCUGCUAAAGUUAAAGUUAUGGAAGCCAUGGAAGACUGA